AUGGUGUCUGUUGGCUUACAAACACAAGAUAUAAUCGAAUAUUUACAACGAUUGAGUAAAACAACGAUACCAAACGAAAUUAUCAAAUUUAUUGAAUUAUGUACACUCAGUUAUGUCAGAGUAAAACUUGUUUUGAAACACAAUCGUUAUUCUCUCGAAAGUACAUUUCCUGACGUUUUGCAACGUUUUUUACAAGAUCCAGAAAUUCAAAAUUGUCGUCUGACGUCGAACGGUGAUAAUUUAGAAAUAAAUUUCGUAUGUGUUGUUAGUACAUAUUCGAUGAUCGCUCAUACACAAAGACGCAAUGUUGAAACAGCUGAAGUUAUGGAGCAACUGACAGAUCGUGAAUGGGGUUUAAUGUUGUUGGAUGAAGCACAUACAAUUCCAGCAAAAAUGUUUCGAACUGUUUUAACAAUUGUGCACAUUGUAAACUUCGUUUAA